GCGCCUCGCAGAGACACGCAUCUUCUGAGAGAGUCGCUCCAGAACCGACCAAGAGGCUCAGAUUCACUAGAUGGCUCAGUGGGAGGAGCUGCUGCGGCUGGACGCGGCGCUGCAGAGCCGCGUGAGUCUGCUGUACGAGGGGAAGCUUCACAGAGACAUCCGGGGAACCCUGAGCUCCUGGAUAGAGAGCCACGACUGGGACUCGGCGGCUGCAGAUGAAAACACGGCCCGGAUCAUUUUCCAGGCUCUCCUGGUAUAUUUGGAGGAACAGCAGACACGUUGUAUUGAGGAGAAAAUUCUUCUGCAGGGACCCAAUUUCUCCUGGAUGAAAGACUACCUGAUGGAAAACUUUCAAAACGACCCACUGAAAUUUGCUGUGAUUCUCUCCGAGUGUCUGAAGGAGGAAAAGAAAAUCCUGGCUUCAGGGGCGACGCCUCAGUGCUUCAUGGAGCCAAACAGGAGGAUAUUGGAUGCCAAAGUCAGCGAACUGAAACACCUGACUGAGGAGGUGAAGAAGGAGAUAAACACACUGGAGGACCUGAAUGAAAAGCUGGACUACGUACAGAAGACGUUCGAAAGUGAAGUGGAGCAAGACGUCGGACUGGCUCAGUCUGCUCCCGGGCUGGAGAGGAAAUGUCUGGAGAGAUCCAACUUCAUCACACAAACACAGCAGAUAUGA